GCCUCCACUCUGUGAUGUGGACGAGAGCAGACAUGACAGCGGUGGGAGAACUGGUGCUGGUGCUGGGCUUACUGGUGAGCGCUCACUGUGAGCUGAGAACACGAGACCAUGGGGUGGAGGAGGAGGAGGGGGAGCUGGGAGCAAGAGGAGCAGGAGGAGCAGCAGCAGGAGGAGGAGGAGGAGCGUUCCCAGCCCGGACCGGGAACUGGUGUGCGUUCGUGCAGACGCGUGCGGUUACUGUGUCGGUGAUGUGUGGAACGGAGAGUUACAUCGUCAGAUCUCAGAGUCCCUGUCCGAGCGGGUCGCCCAACUGUCAAGCAGUCAUGUACAAGCAGGCCGUCCGGCCGGUCUACAGGCAGAAGCAGCAGAUAAACACCGCCCUGCUGUGGCGUUGCUGUCCGGGACACGGAGGACGCAACUGUGAGGAUAUAGUCUCUGACAAACAGCCGGAUUCUGGAAGCUCGGCUCCGGUUGGAGGAACUGGACCGGUGAAAACGGAGCAUCGCGCUCAAGAUUACCGGCAGGAGCAGCUCGUCGACGUGAACCGUGAACAGAACGACUAUCAGGGGCCCGUCAGCGAACUAAACGUCGACACCGACGACACCGACGACACCGACUUCGAUGACAACCAUGAGCACAAUACCACACCCGCCCCCGGCCCAGCACAACACACUAACCUUCAGCAUGAUGUUCCUGCUGUCCUCUCUGCUCCCCACAUGAUGGCCCUGGUCAUGUCCCAACUGUAUCCGGUCUUGGAGGGCUUCAACCGUUCACUGGAGCACCUGAGCCGGCAGGUAAGGGACCUGGCCCGUGACGUGGCCCAGCUGAAGAGCGCCCAGCCUGUGGUGGAGCUGCAGGCAGGGCCCCCUGAGCUUGAUGAGGCAGCGGAGGAACGCUUGGAUGCCAAACUGGACGAGGCGUUUCAGCACGUCAGGGAAGUCCAGAGGCAGAUGGAGAUCCAGCGGAUGGACAUGGAGAGCAAACUACACUCCCAGCAUGCAAUGCUGCACUACAACCUGACCAGCUUUAAGACGGAUAUUGACAUGAAGCUGAAACGGCAACAGAAGAUGCUGCAGAUCAGCCUGCAGGCCAUGAACGCCACGCUGUAUGAACUGAAGCUGGACCAGGAUCAGGCCACCGUGGAUCAGCCGGAGGAUCAGCCGGAGGAUCAGCUCCCUCCCCCCAACCUGCAGCAGCCCUUAGACACCUCGAACAUCUGGGAGGCCAUCGAACGCCUCGACAACAUGGUGGUCAACAACACGGUGAAGGUGGGCGGCCUGAUGGAGGACAUGGAGGUGACCUCGGGGAACGUCCAGCAGCUGAGGCAGGACUUGAAAAAGCUGGGGAAGCAGAUCAACCAGACGGGCCGGAACAGUCAGAUCCAGUUCAUGGAGACGGGGCUGGAGGUAGAGGCGGCGAAGGAGGUGGUGUUGAGGCAGGUGAGCGAGCUGGCAGGGAACCUCAGCCAGCAGAGCGACUGGCUGCAGGAGAUGAAUGGGGACCUGCAGAGGAUAAAAAGGGGCCAGCUGGAGACAGACUUAGACGUGGACCACCUGUACACUGCCUUUUACAAGCAAAACACGUCUGGAGACUGCGAGUGUAAGGAGCUGAAGGCCGCCGUGGCUCACCUGGAGAGGGGCGUGGCUAAUGUGACGGAGCUGGCCAAUGAAAACCGAUUAGUCCUGGAGGAUAACAGCGACAUAGGAGCGGUGCAGUGGGGCGGAGCCAGAGACUGGGAGCCAGUGGUGGAGUCGCUCCAACAAGGCCUCCAGGAGGUGAAGGAGUCUCUGGCCUUGGAGCAGACCAGGACCAGGAGUCUGAAACACAGCCUGACCCAGCUGAGCAGCUCGGUGAAUGACGUCCUGGCCGAGUUCCCCGUCCUGAAGGAGGCCAACAAACAGUUGGUGGAGAACAUGCAACGACUGUCUGGCUCCUUCCAGUCUCUGCUGAAAGACACCAUUCGUCACAGUGACGUGCUGGAGCUGCUGCUUGGGGAGGAGGUGCUGGAUUUCCUGGAGUGGCCCGUCGAGGAUCAGGAGGCCAACUCCAUCCCGGCCUUGAAGGAGCAGCUGGGGAACCUGCGGGAGCAACUGAGGUGGCACAACCUGAGCAUCACCUCCCUGCAGGGCAACAGGCCAGCAGGCAGAGAGGAGGUGCCAUCUGCUGACCAGCCUUCUCCCUCUGACGUCUGGCUCCCCGGCAGCAUGAAGAGGAGCAGCGGCGAAGUUCCAACCAGGGAGCGCCAGCUCCUCCUCCUCCACCCCGAGGGGAGGCGUCCGGAGCACAGAGGAGACGGCAGCGAUCUGUGGAACCUGGAGAAAACGGUGGAGGAGCUGGAGCUGAAGGUGCUCCGGCUCGAGGAGAAACCCUGCAACACUACUGCUGAGAGAAACACACCUCCUGAUGGCGUGGAGGCCAAACUGCAGGCGGAGGUGAUGUGGCUGAAGAGAGGCCUGGAGGAACAUCUGAGGAUGUUCAAGAACGUGUUCAGUAAUGCCGACGUGCUGGCGGGAUCGGACGCCACGCUGGAGCUCGAUAAACUGUGGCAGCUGGUGAAGAACAAAGACGGGAAGAAGGAGAAGAAGAGAGGAGGGGGAGGACACCAUCGAAACAGGAGGGAUGCAUCAGGUGUUGUUCCUCUCCCAUCCAGCCUAUCAGAAGACUCUCUGCUCCUCGUGGCCGAAUCUCCUCUGAGCGUCUCAGAUGGCAUCAUCGCGUUAGAAGCAUCUUUAAACCGCGGUGAGUUCUACUCCGACACUGGCACCUUCACGGCUCCAGGGAACGGGAUCUACCUGUUUGUCCUCACCUUGGACUUGAGGCCGGGUCCCGCCCAGGUAGUCCUGAGGAAGAGGAGUGGGGGGUCGGGUGGAGAUCUGGUCUCUCUACACCGACAGGAGGUGAGGGAGGCGGGGCCGGUCACUGGUUUGAGCCUCCUGCCACUGAGCGAGGGGGAGGAGGUGAGGCUGGAACUGAUGGAAGGAGCUUGGACGGAGUCUGAGAACAAUGUGUUCACCGUGCUGCUGCUACGCCGAACCACCUGAGGACGCUGUGGACCAAUCAGCUGACAGCUGGAGGAAAGACACUGAUCAGAAAUUGUUUUAAAAACACAUUUGAAAUGAGAAUUUAACGUUCAGUUGGUGGAGGCUUUUUUUUUUCCAAAGCACGUGUUUGGAGGAAAUCAAUCUGAUACUAAUCUGUUACUCCUCAAGCCUGCUGGACCGACGCUGGAUGAGUUCCAGCAUUUAAAAAAAGGGAUAGAACAGUUACCAUGAAAAUAUUAUGACUGCUGCCCAGGGAACUGAACCCAUAAUGCCUUUCAGCCUUCGUGAGUGUUUGACUGUUAACUCUGAUUGGCAGAUGCGCUGUUGACCCUGCAGUGCCACUUUAACCUGAUUAACUAACGCCAACCAGUUUCUACCUGAGGAAUUAGAAAAGUUAAACGCGUCUUUGAAACUGAGACGGACUUCAUAUCAUCUGUCUUUUAAGAGUUUUUAUUUACUUUAUAUAAAGAAAAUAAUUGUAUGCAAAGUCACCUGUGGCUGUGUUGUUUGAAGAGUACCAAUAUCAUUCCAUAAAAACACAAAGAGCAGUAUAUAUAUAUAUAUUUAUAUAAAGGAACAGCUGAGCCUUUUGUUAGAAAUGAAAAAAAACAACAAAAUCAAUGUUUAUGAAUAUAAGAAAUAACAUUCUUAUCUAAACUGUCACCAACCUUAAUAAAAAAAGUUUUAUCUGUGA